UCCCCCUCGAAACUACCGACCGCUCCCUCUCCCUUUCGUCGGAUCCAUCGAUUCCUCGUUUCCAAAUUGAGGGAGAGCGAGAGCGAGAGCGAUCGUGAGGAGCGAGAUGGGGAGUGAUGCGAAGGUCUACACCCUGGCAGAGGUCUCGACGCACAGCACCUCCAAGGACUGUUGGCUCAUCAUCAGCGGCAAGGUUUAUGACGUUACCAAAUUCUUAGAGGAUCACCCUGGGGGAGAUGAGAUUUUGUUGGCAUCAACUGGGAAAGAUGCGACCGAUGAUUUCGAAGAUAUUGGUCAUAGCACCACUGCAAGGGCGAUGAUGGAUGAGUAUUAUGUUGGAGAAAUUGACGCUGCAACAAUCUCUAAGAAAGCAACCUACACUCCUCCAAAUCAACCGCAUCACAACCAGGACAGGACAUCUGAGUUCAUUGUCAGGAUCCUCCAGUUUUUGGUUCCUCUCCUCAUCUUGGGAUUGGCCGUCGGCAUCAAAUUCUACACAAAAUCAUCUUAAAAAUCUUCUCAUUAACAGCAAAUGUUUCAGUGGAAAGUGAGUUUUUUUCAUAACCUAUGUUGUUACAACUUCAUAUACUGUCGGGUGGUUUUUGUAAUGCUUGCUUGUGUUUCUAUUUGUGAACUCAUCUAUUCGGAUACCAUUAUCCAGUGCCUCUAGUAUCACUGGACUAAAAUGUUCAAUAAAGCAUUCUCUAUUUUCUUAGCCAA